AUGUCAGACCACAUGCUGUUGGAUACUGUCGAUCUUGAUCUUGUGGUCAAGGUCCUCUCCAAGACAAUAUUCUCGCCCAUGUUUGUGGUCUUUCUGCCUCUGACACUCCUCUCCCAAGUCGGGUCCUCCCACCCAGCAUUCUUGGCAACCUGUGUUUGGACCGCUAUCAUAUGCUUUUUUGCCCUGUGGCAACACGUCGACAGGAUAUAUUCCAAUCAGGCUACUUGGUUGCUCGCUCCUCCAAAGCUCAAAUGGGAAGACCAGGUGGUGCUUAUCACCGGGGGCGGUUCUGGAAUUGGUGCUCUACUGGCAGAGACCCUCGCUAUGAGAAACGUAUCAGUGGUCGUUCUGACCAAAUAUCCUCCACAGUACGAGACGAUAAAUGAGAACAUCCAUACAUAUAUAUGCGACGUAUCAGACUUCAAGACUGUUCAAACGGUAGCAGAGCGGGUCAGGGGAGAAGUCGGCGACCCUACUGUCAUUGUGAACAAUGCCGGUAUAGUUACAGGGAAGCUUCUUCUAGACUUGACCGAAGAGGACGUGCAGAGCACUUUUGGGUGCAACACUCUUGCAAACUUUUGGGUUUUGAAGGCCUUCCUUCCAGCCAUGCUACGCAAGGGCCAAGGCCAUAUCUUCACCAUCUCAAGUCUUCUCGGCCUCCUUGGAGCUGCUCAGAUGUCCGACUACUGUGCGAGCAAAGCCGCUUUGAUCAGUCUCCACCAAACUCUCCGCUUCGAGCUCGAUAACAGAUACAAAACUCCUGCUAUCCGCACCACCCUCGUUCUCCCGGCGUACAUCCUCACCUCCCUCUUUGAACGGAUCAGGUUCCCCCCCGGUCGUCUCUUUGAUUUCUUCUGCCCUCCCGUACCGCCGCACGCUAUCGUCAAGCAGAUCAUCUCGGCUCUCGAUGAGAAUGAGAGUAGAGUGAUCAGGCUACCUUUCUAUACGAAUCUGGCGAGGUUCAGUGGGGAGGGUGUGGGACUUGUGCCAGCUUGGAUGAGGGAUCUCAUGCAGUGGUUGUUGGGAGCAGACCAUGUCAUGAAGGGGUACGGGCCAAGUCCGGAUGCUGGAGAGCGGCUUGAGGUUGAAAGGUCGCAACAGCAAGAAGGUCAUGGGGUGGACAUUGUCAAUGAGAAGUUAUGA